AUGCAGCUCUCUCUCGCAGCCGCCGUGGCCUUUUUCCUCACCGCCGCCCCUCUCUGCAGCACAGAGCCCACCACAGACAACAACCCAGGUGUCUUAGCUGCUCGAGCCCCAGAGGGCUUUCGGCUAGAAGUGCGUCAGGAGUCGGUGGACCUAGACAUCUCGGACUUUGACAUCGAGGACGUUGAGGUCGACAACCUAGACGCCCGUGCCACCGUCCACUGCAGCAACCAGGGGAAGAUCAAGAGAGUCAAGCCUGAGUACAAAGGCAAGUGCGACCCGGCAAACAGCGUCGGUUUCGGGAGCGCCCACAAUUGUAAGGACGGUAGGAGCGGAAAGUCAUACCUCUGCGUCCAGAGCGACAAGGCCACCUGCUAUACCGCCAGCGACGCCAAGAAGCACAACUUCGAGAACGGAGAGUGUUUCAUCCGGAAUGAAACGCUGUCCACUGCAGUGAUCCACGAGAUCGCCAACGCCGGCGCGCUGGACGAGAUCUCAAAUCAUCCAGGGGCUGUGCGAAACUACAUUUUUCACAACGCCAUGCGAGACGAUAAGACCGGCAAGACGCAAAAGUCUAUCCUAUUUGCUGUCUACCAGACCGGCAAGCAGGGCCCGCAGAACGGAUACCGGCUCUGCCUCGUUCAUCAGGGUUUCUAUAUCGCAUCUGCCACCAGGCAGGAUGCUGGCGCUGAGGAGGACGAUAUCGACCGUAUCGAGGCGGCCCUUCCGAGCGACAGCCAUGCGGAAAUCGUCAUCUUGGGCAAUCGGACGGAGAGUGGCGGGACUUGA